AUGGCAGAUGAUCAAGACUGUGUUGAGAAGCAGGGAGCUGGGGAUUCAGAAAGCCAGGAUGUAGUUGAUGCUAAGCCAGACCGGUCCUCAUUUAUCCCAACAUUCCUUAGUAAGAAGAAAACUGACUCUGGGAAAUCAAUCAAAGCCACCCGGAACCGAGUGCCUAUGUAUCAGUAUAACAUGGAUUUUGAGAAAGUGGGCAAAUGCAUCAUAAUAAACAACAAGAACUUCAGCAGAUCGACAGGUAUGAGCGUCCGGAACGGAACGGACAAAGAUGCUGAUGCCCUUCGCAAGUGCUUCCAAAACCUGGGUUUCAACGUGACCGUCUAUAAUGACUGCACUUGUGAGAAGAUGAAGAAUCUGCUGAAGCAAGCUUCUGAAGAGGACCACAGUAAUUCAGCCUGCUUUGCCUGUGUCUUAUUAAGCCAUGGAGAAGAAAACUUAAUUUAUGGAACAGACGGCAUGAUAGCAAUAAAGGACUUGACGGGCCAUUUUAGGGGAGAUAGAUGCAAAAGCCUUUUAGAGAAACCCAAACUCUUCUUCAUUCAGGCGUGCCGGGGGACAGAGCUCGAUGACGGGAUCCAGCCUGACUCGGGGCCCGCCGGUGACACCGAUGCCAAUCCCCAGUGUAAGAUCCCGGUGGAGGCCGACUUUCUCUUCGCCUAUUCCACAGUCCCAGGCUAUUAUUCCUGGAGGAGCCCAGGAAGUGGCUCCUGGUUUGUGCAGGCCCUCAGCUCCAUCCUGAACGAGCACGGAAAAAGUCUGGAGAUCCUGCAGAUCCUCACCAGAGUGAACAACAGGGUGGCCACGCAGUUCCAGUCUCAGUCUGAUGACCCGCGCUUCCACGAGAAGAAGCAGAUCCCAUGUGUGGUCUCCAUGCUCACCAAAGAACUCUACUUCGGAAAAUAACCAUUCCAGGGGUGUGCUCUAGCUCAGCAAUGGAUCAUUUAUUUGUUAUGAAUGAGAGUUUCUCUCUCUCUCUCUCUCUUUUUUUUUUUUUUGGAUGCUCUUGAAAUAUCCAGAAGUUCUAAAGGAUUUUAAUGUUAGGAAAAUGUAUUGAUUCAAUGGGAAACAAACUCUCUGGUGCUGUCUUAGGGUCUCUGAAUUUUCAGAGACUUUUUUUUUUUUUAACAAUGGUUUCUACUUGAUGACUUUGUAAUUUUCUAUUAAGAUUAUUUUCUGAUUAUAUUAUUAUUCUUGUUGUCGCACUUAAUACAUACAACAAAAAUGACCUCUGCAGAUGACUCUUGGCUGUGUCCACCGUGGUUGGUAAAUCAUCAGAUUCCUGUUUGUGCCUGGCAAAGAGAGUCGCAAUGCUUGACAAAACACAGCCGAGGGACUGUUCAGUCCCCUGUAUUGCAGAUAGUGGGUAUUGAGUGUGUUUUGAGUGACUUUUCUUCAGUGGUUUGGGGCAGGUUCUCGAGCAGAAAUUCCCCGAUAAGUUAGGAAAAUAAUGUAAUGAUUCUAAUAUGUAUCCGUCCGGAUCCAGUCAGAAAAACAGAAACCGUUCUAGGUGUUUCAGUACAGGGAAUUUAGUAGAGGAAAUUGACUUGCGUAGAUGACAAAAGAGAAGCCAAAUAAAAGGUGGGUUGUGAGGAGGUGUGGUUCCCUGAGUCCAGAAGCUGGGGUCACCCACAGGAGCUGGAACUAUGGUAGGGGCUAUGUGGUGAGCACUACGACCACUGAUGAGUUACAGAAAAUGGAGCCAUGGCAGGGACAAAGCCAGGGCAACACCAGAUGAGUUGGAAAUGGAGAAAUAUCCUGUUAUCACUUCUGCCCUUGUCUUCCUCCAGCACCUUACCUUCCGCCCUACCUGGAAUUCAGCUAAGAAGGGCCCUGGGCAGUGUACGAGCAAAGCAAGAGACAGUGAGGCAGGGAGGAACAAGGAGUGGAUAUAAGCCUGACCAUAAUGUGAAUAGAAGUAGUCAUAAUCCUUGCUGUGCAACGACCCCGCAUUCAAUCAUUUAUUCAUUCAGUCAUCAGAUAAUCUGUGUACGAGUGUUGCCCACGAUGUGCAAAAUAAUCUCUCUUAGUUUUAAGAUAUACCUGGAACUUUUUAAGUUAUUCCAAGCCUUAUCUUGAGUAAAUUUUGUGUUAGUGGUGUUCUCUUUUCAAUUUUUAAUAAAUUACUAUUUUAUUCUCUGAAUAACUGGUUAGCAGACAAAUGUUCAUAUUUAUUGAUUAAAGUGGUUACUUAAUUCCUAA